GGCAGAGGGGAACCUCCCCUCCCUGCAGAGAUGCUCUUCUCCCAUUGGCGCGGAGGGCCAGGCGGCUCCUGUCCCGGGCGCAGCGCGCACCUCUCCCCGCUCAGAGGCGGCAGCGGCCGGGGAAGCAGCCGGCUGGGCGGAGGUGAUGUCUGACUAAAGCUGCUCCACGUUGGAUUAACAGUAUAUGCCUGGUCAAUGAACUGUUGUGUUAUGAAGCAGAGCUGAGAGACUGGCACCUCCGCAACAUGCAUGUGAUCUGAAUAAUCAGGAAUGCAGCACUCUGUUGUGAGAGCCUCUUGCCCAGAGAAGCGCGUGCCAUUUAUCCUACAAGAGAACAAAGUUAAGGGCUUUUUAUCCCAUUGACUGUAGCCCUGUCCCAACGGUUGGAGUAUUUUGUGAAUCCCACAGAUCUGGGAUUUCUGUCUCUUUUUUUUUUUUGCACCUUUCACGUUGACUCCUGGCCAGCCCCCACCAGGACUUCUAGGAUUCUAAAGGCUUCUUUUAAAUCUGUUAACAAGAUGAUUGACCUAAGCUUCCUAACGGAGGAAGAACAAGAGGCAAUAAUGAAGGUGCUCCAACGGGAUGCAGAACUCAAGAGAAAGGAAGAAGAGAGGGUCAGGCAUUUACCAGAAAAAAUUAAGAGUGACAAUCAGCUAAAGAAUAUGAGCGGGCAGUGGUUUUAUGAAGCAAAGUCAAAGAGGCACAGAGAUAAAAUACACGGAGCAGAUAUCAUUAGAGCAUCGAUAAGAAGGAAACCCACAACAUUAGCUGAGCGGAGUCAGAACAAAUCAGAUAAAACAAAGAACAGUUGGGUGAACAAUGUCAAUAAGGAAGUUUCUGUCCCAGCAGAGCUAUCUGGUAUCAGGGAAGAGACAGAAGAAGGGGAAGUGAAAUCCAAUCAAAGUUCUAAUGCACUGGACGCAACCUUAGACACACCACAGGAAAGCUCAAAGAAGGUAGCUGUGUCACCAGGAAAGCAAAGGAAAAAUCCAUUUAAUGACUUCACUGCACCAGAACAGAACAUAAAAAGUAGGGACUCAGAAAGUGGAACAAUUGGCCUAUCUCAGAUGCAAAAUGAGGACACACUGUCAGCUUCAAAGGAGACCCAAUCCAAGAGAAACAUACUAAAUAGUAGGUCAGAGGAACAUAGGCAGGCUUCUGGAGAACAAAUUGAUGAGUCACAGAGAAUUGCAGAUCAGCCUCCUGUACCAAAAGCUAGAAAAGUCAUCUACAAAAUAACAGAUCCCAUAUUGGAGAAAGAUGGUUCUUUUCCCAAACCUGCUAAAAGGACUGAUUGGGUUAGUGGUGCUGGUACACCACCGAGGGGCAUUCUGAAACGCAGUUCAAGUUCAAGUUCCACUGAUUCAGAAGUUCUUCGUGUUAAUCCGAUCUUUGACCAUCAGAGUAAGACUGGUUUGCCAUCUUCAACUGUUCUCGAAAGAGUAGCUGAGACAAAUCCUCCUGCAGAAGACCCCUCACAAAAUUCACUGGAAAGACUAAAACAGGUCAGGUUCUCUUCCAGUAUAGGUACAAAACAACCUCUUCAGAGCCCCCAGCUGCAACAUGGCAAAGAUAUAGGAGAGUUUGACUUACUGGAAUCAGACUAUGAUAAAAGUGCAGAAAAUGACAGUAGUAGGUUAGAUGCACUUCAGAAUGAACAAACCCUCCCUGUAAAAUCUCCACGCUCCCAAUCCUCUGCUUUAGAUGUUAAUUCAAGAGACAGAGAUGUCUCCCAAGAAGACACAUCAGCACCGUAUUCUUCUGAUGCUAACAAGUCAAGCCUACCAGUUAAUGAAACCUUGGAGCUUAAGACAAGUCUUCCUAUGGAACCUGUAACGCCAAGGAAAUCCUCCAGUAAUAUCUCACCAAAUGUCCAGGAAGUGCAAACUGUUGAUGAAACAUUGUCUCAAAACAAAUCCAAACAGUCCCCGAAUCCUGACUUGGAGUCAUCCAAACACACUAUUGAUCAGCAGCCUCUUUCUGCUAAGACAAAAUCUCCUCAGGUGCCAAAUGCCAGCUCUGCAGACCUUCAACAAGGUAAGCCUGUUCUUGUUGAGGAUCAAAGUGCUAAAACCACUUCCAAGCCUGACAAACAUGCUGCUGAGUUAAUGAAGGUAGCUGAUGAGUCCAUAUCAAAAGUAUUAGAUUGGUUUAAAAGAAGCUCCAAUACUGGUGAUGAGAAUACUCCAUCGGUAGCCUCCCAAAGGAGAGAGACCAAAGAAGAACUGUACUUAUCACCCAAGACAAGAGUUAUAACUACAAAAGAUAGUGGACCAAGCACAGAUGAAAAUACACAACUGAUUGACUUGUCAUUUGGAAAUAAUGGGAAACCAAGCAAUGUUUUGAAGCCUGCAGCAGUUGAUGCAGAAGACAUACAGAUAAUAAAAGUAGGAAAAAAAGAAAAUGUAAGUCAAGAGACUCAAGAAACGGACUAUAACAAAGGGCCUAUUGUACUUGGAAAGAGCAAAAAUGGUAGAGAGAAGAUGCAUUUACAGGUCACUGAUCUUCCAGUUACUAAAUUAGAUGAAACAAAUAUUCUUAAAAAAUCAGCUGCAGAAGGCAAAAUGUUAUACAAACCAGAGGAUGAAAGUGCAGCAUAUAAAGAACCAACAUUUCUUACAGAAGGAAAAGGCAAACCAGGUUCAAAGAGCUUCAGUUCUCCUGAAAAGCUAAAUGAAGGUUCACUAUUGAAAACUAAUGUGCAAAUUCAGAAAGAGGAAGAGAAAAUAUGCACGAUCAAAUCUCUCUUGGAAGAAGACCAUGUUCAAACACAGACUGGAUUUGAUAAUAAAGGAACUGAGAGAAAAGAACCUGGUUUACUUGAUCAAGGAAGUAUGCAACUAGAGCCAAGUAGUCCUAGGACAAAACUACCUGUCUUGCCACAGCAUGAAUCCAAACAGCCAUCUCCUGUACAAGUCUCAGAUGAGGAGAUGGAACUAAAGAGAAGUGUAAGGGAUAUUAGGGCCUUCUGGGAAAGUGACAAAACUGGACCCAGACAUACAAAUAAGGAAGGCAUUUUAAGUACUACCCCGUCAGCUAGUAGCACAGUACAAUACACCAAUAAAGGAAAUAGCAAAGUAAAACCCACUGAUGAUUCUGCAGCAUCCCUAUCAAGUGACUCAAAAGAUCAAAACAAGUAUAGUUUGGUUACCUUCAGAAGAGUUGAAUUAAGUAAUGACGAGGCAUCUAAAGAUAAAUUUCUAAAGUCUUCAAAGACUGGGCCAGAUAUAAUGGCUAAAUCCAAAGCAGACCAUACUGUUGAGAAGUCCAGAAAAAUAUUUCAGUCUGAUGGUAAGGUUAAUGAAUUUACAAAAUUGCCAAAAGCAAAUAAUUUGCAACCAAGAAUUGGUUUUACUCCUCCUUCGUCAAAGAAGUAUGAAGAUGGGAAAGAAGUGUCUUCAGAAAAUGACAGAAAUCCCUCUUCUACACAACAGAAGCCAACUUUUAAGGUUUUGUCUUUGAAGGAAAAAAUAGAUGAGGAGUCUAAGAAUCAAAUUUCCAACCCACUGCAAUUUCUGAGUUUGAGAAGCUUUUGGGAUAUUGGACCUAAAUCACAGAGUAGGACCAAUAUGAAAAAUGAAACCACUUCCCCAGGUAAUAUUAGUUCAGUAACUUACCAAAAAGAGUCAAAGGAACUUAAAGAAAGCAGAGCAGAGACGAGCCAAGAAGAGGUGGUGAUGGUUCAACAGCAAAAUCAACUUCCAGAGAGAGAGAAAACAAAGAAAAUAAACUUCAAAGUACCUGAGUCGCCUAGACAGGAAGGGCAGCCCAUUCUUUGGUCAGUGAAUCGGACAAAAACAGUAAAUGAUGAAUCUCUCCAAAUAGUGGGGAAAAAUGUAGGAAAGUCAGUGAUCUCAAAACCUAAAGAAAAGGUGGAUCUUCCAGAGCAAGAAGUUAAAGAGUAUAUAGAAAAAAUGAGUGUUACACCAAAAGAACAGCACAGCACAUUUAACAGUGGCUUACAGAAACUGCUUAAAGAAAUGUCUGAGGCACCCUCGCCAUCAUUCCAACCAGCUAGUGAUAAAGGUGUUCCAAGAAAAGAAUUGGGAAUUGAUGAACACCUAAUUGUUUCUGUAAAAACAAAGCAGAGCAAGACUGCUCCCACAGACUCCAAGGAAAAAGCAGUAUCCCCUAAAGAGGAGGUUGUAGAGACUGUAGACAAAACUGUUGCUCCAUCAAAGACUGAACUUGAUGCAUUUAAUGCUGGGCUAGAGAAACUGCUAAAGGAAACCUCCAAAAUAUCAUCAUCUUCUAGUCAGAACGUAACAGAAAAUAUUUCUGAAGAGACCGUUUCUUGGCCUGGGCAGAGAAGAUUUUUUGAAAAGGUGAUGGAACGGAGUCACAACACUUAUCCUACAUUUCAAAGAGAGGAAGUGCUUCCUCAAGAAGUAAAAGAAACUAUAGAAAGAACAGUCAUUUCACCCAAAGAUGAACUUGAUGAACUAAAAAUUGGUCUGGGAAAGCUGCUUAAGGAAUCUGACGCUUCCUGUCCAUUGUGUCAGGCAGCCGAUACGGAUGAGUGUAUCCAGAGAGAGAGUUCUCAUGAAGAAGUCAUUCCAAGCUCUUCCCAAAAGGCAAUGCGUCCUGGCAUAGCUGCUUAUGUCGUGACCCAGAAUGAAGCACUGCCUCCGGGAGAGGCAGUCUCAGAGACUGUAGAAAAAACCACGGUUCCACCAAAAGCUGAAUUCCAUGAUCUGGACGCUGGUUUAAAGAAACUACUUAAGGAAGCAUCCGCAAUCUCAUUUUCAUCGUACAAUGUAGAUAACAGUAAAAAAGCAGCGUCUGAGAAUGUGCCUGAAGAAGAUGGGCGAAGAUAUUAUAAGCGGGUCACAGAGACUGACCAGGCUACUUCUGUUACUGCCCAAGGAAGGGUUGGGGCUCCAAAUGGAAUUGGGACUGUAGAGAGAAGUACCGUUCCAUAUCAGGAUAAUGUUAGCCCAGUCAAUACAUGCCUGGAGAAACCAAAUGAAGAGGCAGCUAAAGUGCUGUUACCUUUAUAUGCAAAAAAUGGAGAAAACAUAAGCUCUCGGCCAGAGGAUCAGAUUGAUCAUCCUGUAUCUCCUGGUAACCAUCAUGAAGUGACUGAAAUACUAGUAAAAACAGUUCAGCCAAAACCUGAACUCCGUGAAUUUAAUGCUAGUUUGCAGAAACUGCUUAAGGAAGCUUCUGAAAUGCCACCCUCUGAACAGAAAAGCUUUGACAAUGAGAUGCAUGUUAGGAUACAGCCUAAUCAGAGUGUGAAAUCCACUUACCAACAAGAAAUCAAUCAUCCUCAAGAAGUAAAUGAAACAGUCAAAAAAGCCGUUGCUCCUUCCAAAGCAGAACUUAGUGAAUUUAAUUCUGGGUUAAAGAAACUGCUGAAGGAAGUCUCUGAAAUGCAAACUCUUCAACUGAAAAACAUGGACGAUGCAGUGCAGAAGAGUAUGGGGAUACAGCCUAAUCAGAGCGUAGACUUAACUUAUCAGCAAGAUAUUGACCAUCCUCAAGAAGUAAAUGAAACCAUAGCAAAAGCUGUUGCUCCUUCCAAAUCUGAGCUUGGAGACUUUAAUGCUAGUUUGCAGAAACUGCUUAAGGAAGCCUCUGAAACGCCACCUCUUAAGCUGAAGAGCGUGGAUAGUGUAAUACAGGGUAGGACACAGCCUAAUCAGAGUGCAUAUUCCUCUUACCAACAAGAGAUGGGCUAUCCUCAAGAAAUAAAAGAAACCAUAGAAAAAACUGUUGCUCCAACAAAAGCAGAAUGCAGUGAAUUGAAUAUCUGCUUAGAAAAACUUCUCAAAGAAGCAUCUGACGUUUCAUCUCAGCUGCCAACGAAGAUGGGAAAACAGGAAAGACCCAAUGACUCUGUGUCUCAAGCAGAAAAGGGAAGUCUAGCCAUUAAAAUGCCACUCGCUGGUCCAAGUGCUUCAGGUGGCUAUCGCACAGAGUUUAAGAUACCAAUCAAGAGAGAGACUUUGAAACAAAAUGACAAAGCCAUAAAGGAAGAUCAUGUGGUAAAUGAAGUGAGAGGUUCUACUCUCCCUGAAAGAAAUGUAGCAUUUGAGAAAACAGUACAGACUAACCUGGCAUCACCUGAAGCACUUCUCAAGGAAAGAGAGAAUGGCGCGGCUGUUUUCAAGAUGCAUAAGAUGGAGAUAAAAAAUGAAAAUAAAAGAGAGGAAGCAGCAGGCAAGGAGGUUGAUAAAAGCACUUCCUUAGCAGAUGCCAGUAAGGCAACAUCUGAAGUGAAUGCACCAUUUAGAUUCAGGAGACCAAGCACACCACUUAAAGAUGAUGAUCACUCCACCAAAAUAAGUAAAGUUGAGCUGCUCCUAGCAUCUCCUUAUGAUGAUGAAGAUGACACCAUAAGUUUUGGCUCUGAUCUUUCAGGUUCAACCUGUUCAGAAGAAUUAGAUCCUAUUUUGAAGGCUUUGAAAAGGAGUGCAGAUAGGCAAAGGCCUUCCAAAAGUCUAGAGGACAUUCCAUCAGCCACAUCAAAUAAAGGAAAAAUAGAUAUUCCAAAAGAAGAAUUAGUACUUAGUGCUGAAGAUGAUCAGAAAACCGAUCAGCAACAAGAGACAAAUGAAAAUGUACAAGGAAUAUCCACAGUGCCUUCAGACCUGGAUCACCAGUUUUCAAAUCCUGAAAAACUCAAAAGAUUGAGCCAGUCAGUACCAGCAUUUCUACAAGAAGAGAGUGACAGAGACACUGAUACAACAUCAGAAAGCAGUUAUCCUCAUGGCAGAAUCAAGAAGAGCCCCAGCUCUCUAACCAAUCUUAGCGGCUCUUCUGGCAUGGCGUCCUUGUCUUCUGUGAGCGGAAGUGUAAUGAGCAUCUACAGUGGAGACUUUGGCAAUGUGGAUGUGAAAGGCCACAUUCAGUUUGCCAUUGAUUAUGUAGAACAGCUGAAGGAGCUCCAGAUUUUUGUUUCCCAGUGUAAAGACUUGGCAAUUGCAGAUGUUAAGAAACAACAUUCAGACCCGUAUGUAAAGACUUACCUGCUUCCAGAGAAAUACAAGCUGGGGAAAAGGAAGACCUCAGUGAAAAAGAAAACAUUGAAUCCAGUCUAUAAUGAAAUAUUGCGGUAUAAAAUUGACAAGGAACUGGUAAAGACCCAGAGACUGAAUCUCUCUGUCUGGCACAAUGACACCUUUGGGCGCAAUAGUUUCCUAGGUGAGGUGGAACUUGAUUUGGGAACAUGGGACUGGAAUGACAAACUGAAUAAGCAGAUGAACUGGUUCCCGCUUAAGCCUAGGACUACAGCAGCAGCUCUUGAACUAGAGAACAGAGGAGAGAUUAAACUAGCCCUUCAGUAUGUCCCACAGCCUGUCGGGGGUAACAAGACCCCGUCCACUGGAGAGGUCCACAUCUGGGUGAAGGAAUGCAAUGACCUCCCUCUCCUGAGAGGCAACAAGAUCAACUCUUUUGUUAAAUGUACCAUUCUUCCAGAUACUAGUAGGAAGAGUCGCCAGAAAACAAGAGCAGUGGCGAAAACUACAAACCCAGUGUUCAACCACACCAUGGUUUACGAUGGCUUUAGAGCUGAUGAUUUGAAAGAAGCAUGUGUAGAACUUACAGUCUGGGACCACAACAAACUAGCCAAUCACUUUCUGGGAGGUCUCAGGAUAGGAAUGGGAACAGGCAAAAGCUAUGGUACUGCAGUGGACUGGAUGGACUCCACUUUAGAGGAAAUCACCCUAUGGGAGAGAAUGUUGAGCUCGCCAAACACAUGGGUAGAAGAUACACUGCCACUCCGGAUGCUAAUGGUAGCAAAGCUGACAAAAUAAGAUGACUUUCUAAUUGCUAGUGUCCAAAAUGUUUACUUGUUGGAUCUUGGGAGGGGAAGGAAAUAAUAAAAUGGGGAACUUGGAGGAAUUCUAUAAAAGUGUGUGUACUACAGUAGAUCUGUAGACAGCCUCUGUUCUGUUAUUUUAUUUUGUGCUGCUAAAUGUUACUACGUAAUGCAAAUUAAACUUUUCUGCUUUCAGAUUAUUUUUUUAAACUAAAGGCCUUUUACUUCUUGCUCACUGAAAAUGAAUUAAAUAAAGAAUAUACUAUUGAAAUUCAGUGGUCCAAUUACAAGGGGUGUGUUGUGUGUGUGGUCACCUAGAAUAGUGCAAAAUGUUGGUGAUUUGCUAAAUAAUGCACCCAAAAACAAAACCCAAAAAAGCAACAACUUUGUCUAUUUCCCAGGGUCUUUUGUGUGGCAUUUAAAAUAAGCUGACAAUAGGUUGCUAUAGUCACAUUCACUGUGUGUUUACAGCUUAAUUUUAAUGGUAUGUUCAAGUCUCUGGUGGUUACACCCUUUGGUAGAGUUCAUGACGGGGAAUUCCAUCUCUAGUUUUAAGCUCUCAGAGCUUGGGAGGGCUUUAUCUAUUGAUAUAAGCAUUCUAUGAAGAGUGGUGAUAUUGAGCUCAAUCCUAUAGGGUGCUGAAUUUCCACAUGUUCAGGAUCAGGGCCAUAAAGAGGAUUUGACUGUAUACAUAGUACAUAUACUAGUGGUUUUGUUAUCAUAUCUCUAAAUUAUGGAUUCUGUAUGGAAGCAAUGAAGUUGAAUUUACUGUAUUUAAAUGUUACUCUGAAGGAUCUCUUCACCCAUUAAGUUGCUCAUUUUAUUAUUGAUGAAUAAAUUGGAUAUUUAUUUUACGCGUAUACACUAUCUGUACCCAAGUGUGUUGUUGGAUUGCUCUUUUGGGUGUGUCAAGACUUUUGUAUGCACUUUGGUGCCACCACUACAACACAGCAGGAAUUGGGUAGUUCUUUAAAGAACCUACACGAUAUGAAAUAGCAAGCAAAUUUCAAUCCUAUAGCAUUGUAUUUAACUAAAAGUUUGAAUGUAAAAAACAUAUAAAUGUAUUAUUUUAACUAAAAGCAGCCUAUUAAAGCUACAGUUGUGUUCAGAGAAGUAACUGUUCAAUUAAAAUACACAUCUGAUCAAUUA